CCAUCCAGACAUGCGGGUCCAGCAGAAGGUGCAUCUCAUGUGGGCAUGUCUGCUGCUGGCGGCCGCCCUCUGCCCCGGCGGCGCCCACUGCAAGCGCGGAGGUGGGUUCAGAGGGCGGGGCAAAGGGGUGGGCAUGGGCAGCAAGGUGCCCCCCUCCCAGAGCAAGGGGUCGUCCAAGCAGGGACUGAAGCUGGCGGGGGCAGCCGCCGCGGGGGUCAUCGGCGGGGCGGCUGUCGGGUACGGCCUGGGGUCCCUGGGCAGGAACCACUACGGGUACGGGCACGGCCGCAGGAACGGGCACGGGUACGACGGAGACUCGCUUCGCAACCAGUCCGACUAUCGGUACUACAGAGGAGCGGCUGGCCCCGGACCAGAGGCCACCGCCCUGACGGCGCUGGUAACCCUGGUAACCCUGGUUCCACUGUUCUGGGGACAGUGGGCUGGAGUUAUGUAGUCGGGGGAGACUCACUGCGUCACUUUCAUGUCUCACGUCUCUCCCUGCUCUCCCGGAUGAGCUGACCGUCGUCUCUGAUCCAGUCAGUUAAGGGCUUCCGGAACAAUCUGAUGAUGGGUUUCGGCCACCAAAAGGCAGCUGGGUACCUGGGAUGACCCGGAAUUGGGUCCAAGCUUGUGAGCCAACUGCCAUUUUGGGAAUCAGCUUCGUGUAGAGCAGGGAUGGACCUCAUGCAUGCAGAGCUUAAUGUGUUACUUUCAAACAGUGAUUGAGGUGAAGAGGAAUAAAAGGGUUAGUAUCGUAAAUGCUAAGUGCUGCUGGAUUGCUUGUGGAUUCGUUUUUUUGAGGUAGGUGUACUGAAACGUGUCCCCCCUGGCAGUUUCUGUAGUGAUGUGUGAUGUUCUAUAGUGAUGUGUGGAACAGUGUAGUUAUCCACAUAGCAACCAACUAACUCUGGAACGUUUUUCGACUGUAGUCUGCCAUGGAUACAGAACCAUUCUAGAACCAUUUUUAGAACAAUUCCAGGCCAAACCUGACCAAUUCCAGAGUCUU